CCCCCGGAUCACGUGACGCCGGCGCCGGGGCAGUGGCGGCAGAGACAGACGGGAUGAAGCCCAGACCUGCAGGUUUCGUGGAUAAUAAGCUGAAGCAGCGAGUCAUCCAGUACCUCACCAGUAGCAGAUGUGGCAAAUAUGUGGACACUGGAAUCAUGGCAUCUGAUUUACAAAGAAUGUACAGCAUAGACUACGGUCGAAGAAAAAGAAAUGCUUUUAGGAUUCAGGUAGAAAAAGUAUUUAGCAUAAUUAAUAGUGAGAAGGAACUUAAGAAUCUAACAGAAUUAGAAGAUGAACAUCUGGCAAAAAGAGCAAGACAAGGUGAAGAGGAUAAUGAGUAUACUGAAAGCUAUUCGGAUGAUGAUUCAAAUAUGGAAGAUUACCCAGAUCCACAGUUGGCAAAUCACAUGAACUCUUCCCUGCUCUCCUUAUAUCGGAAAGGAAACCCUGAUUCUGUUGCCCCUACUCCCGAGAGGGAGCAAAGAGAAACCAGCGGUUCAGCACCACCGACAGCUCCCACAGCUGGCUCCAUUCCGUUGAAGACCCCUGCCAGAGGCUCGGAAGGAGGAUGGUUCAUUGACAAAACUCCAGGUGGAAAGAAAGACAGUUUUUUCUUGGACCUAUCAGAGGAGACAAGUAAUAAGAAGCCAUUAUCUGAGAUAGAGGAUUCCAAAGAGUCGUCUCUUCUGGAGAGUAACAAGAAAAGGAAAGGCAGGUUAAAGAGCAGAGGAAGCAAAAGGAAGAAAGAAGAUCUUCAGGAAGUAGAUGGAGAAAUAGAAGCCGUCCUGCAAAAGAAAGCUCAAGCCAGGGGGCUAGACUUCCAGACCUCCAGCGUGAAGUUUGAAGAUGUGGGAGGCAAUGACGUGACACUAAAGGAAGUCUGCAAGAUGCUCAUACACAUGCGUCACCCGGAGGUGUACCAGCACCUGGGCGUCACACCCCCUCGUGGAGUUCUCCUUCACGGACCGCCAGGCUGCGGGAAGACGUUACUUGCACAUGCAAUUGCUGGGGACUGA